AUUGCGUUGCUCCAGGGACUGUAUCCUUCUGUUGUUUUGAAACAAAACAGGUUCAAAGAGGUUCAUGUAAAUAUAAUCUUACAGUUAUGUUAAAUUUGCUUGAUCCUGUUCUGUCCCACUGCAGGGUGUGAUAUACGUUGGUACAUCAGAGGGUGUGGUGAGGGUUCCCACAUCAAACUGUUCCUUUUACUGGACAUGUGCUCAGUGUGUGCUGGCCCGAGACCCCUUCUGUGGUUGGGACACUGCCAACAGGGCCUGCGUGGAGGCAUCUAACACCCAGACCAGUUUAAGCCAGGAUGUAGACAGAGGGAAUGUUGAAGAGGCAUGCAACAGUGUAACAUUACCACAUCGAGCCAGAUUCGGACCAACCAAACUGUCUGCAAGUAAGUGUCACUUAUAUUAUUAUCAAUAAAUAUUCUAAAUAAGGAUCCAGUAAUAUGUUGCUUCCAAGAAGUGUGACUACAAUAUGUACUGAUGCACUAAAGACAGUGAUGAAUUGGUACAUAAAAGAGACUAGCCUUCAAUAUGCAUUGUUUGUUGGCUUUAAAGACGUUAUGGAGCACCGAUGUCAUCCCAAGCCAACAUACAGAGGCAAUUUUUGUAACAUUGUGUGCAUGAAUUGGUUCUAACCAAGGAAACAGAAUACUUUGAUUAUGUAAGCUGGUAAAAUGUGUAGCCCACAACCUAUGUCAGAGUAUAGAGCCUUCAUGGAGCAUGUAAUAGUAAAUGGUCUGUAUUUAUAAAGCCCUUUUCUAGUCUUGAUGACAACUUAAAAUGCUUUACACCCAUUCACACACACACACAUUCAUACAGUGCAUCUAUGCGCAGCACUUUCUCUUAUCACACUCUGCCAGCACAGCUGUCGGGGGGUAUUUGGGGUUAAAUAUCUUGCCCAAGGACACUUCAGCAAGUGGAAUCGUGGAGACUGGGAUUGAACUGACGAUGAUCCACUCCACCUCCUGAGCCAUGGCUGCCCCUAAUGUAAUGUAAUGCGCUGUGGACAUGCUUAUUUUACACAUGUAUGCAUUUACUGAGUGAGCAGCAGAUGCUUUAGCAGGUUUAGACUACUGCUGGAAGUUUUCAUAUCUGAUGACAAUGUGUAGAGUAACAUGGAGGCUCCUUGUGUAUUUUGGGCUCUGUUGACUUGUAAUCUCUGUGUCAGCAUCAUGUCCUACAGGUGAGCUGGUGUCUGUAGCUCUAAAUGAAGUGGUGCGACUGCAGUGUCCCGCGGCAUCACAGCUGUCCCAGCAGAUGUGGGAGCGUCCUAACAGUCGGCUGUCCACAGACCUGUACCUGCACCUGGGGGACGGGAGUCUAAGCUUUGUGGCCACCCCUGCCACGCUGGGCCACUACCUCUGUCUGUCCACUGAGAAUGGCUACCAGCAGACUAUGGCCAUCUAUCAUGUAAAACAGAAGAGCAGCCCAAUGGCUCAAACUCCAACCAGUUACACCCGGCCUCAGGCACAACCCAUAACCACCACGCAGACUGUGUCUAGAGGUGGACCUGGAUUGCACACCUCUGGGACUCAAAGAAAGGAAAUAAGAAAUGGAAAGAUUGAGCCAACACGGUCAAGCAGGGAAACUCAGGUCAUCACCAGGCAGCAGGGCAGGAACCUGACCAUGUGGACACAUAAAUCUGGGCAGAAGGAGGUUGGCUUUCAGGAUGGGGAGUCUCUGCAGUUGGCUCCAGGCCCCUGCUAUCUAAAGGAGCUGGUGGCUGUAUCAAUUCUGCUGGUGCUCUCCCUCAGUUUACUGAUCACCAUGCUUUUGUACGUCAUCAGACAGCGGUGCCACAGCCGAACAGCCCCGCAUGCAGGGACUCCAACCAGAGACUCAGACAGAAGGACCCCUGUGGAGCAGGAGGCCCUCAGGGGGAACCAGUCUCUGAGUAAACGCAAUGGACAAACCCUGCACAGUGGACAAGCCAGUGGUUCAGGCUGUAACGGGGCACUCACAGGCUCUAAUGGACAUUUGCCCAACACUCCCAUCUGAACAGUUCCUGAAAUUGUAGCUGUUACAGAUAAGACUAGAUGAGAGUGGGGUAGGAGGUGAGGUGGGUGGUAAUUCCAGUGGUACUUAACUGCAGACAUAUGCUUCUUCUUUGUGUCCAGAAGCUGAAAAACAGGCUGUGAUGUUCUGGAUGUUUCACUUACUAGAAGGUGAAAGCUGAUCCAGUACAAUCUGUUCUCUCUGUGUUUUUAUAGUACAGUCAGUCUUUGAUCUAGGGCUGCACGAUAUUAGGAAAACAUGCGAUACGUUGUUGAAUAUUGCAAUGAUGAUAUGACUUAAUAAUAAUAAACAAAUGCUUGAGUA